CAUCUUCGGUGGAUCCAAUGAGGUAACGCCGCGUUCUGGGCCCGAGUGCAACCAGUAAACCGGUGAUAAGGGGAACUAAAACUCCCAACAGAGACAGCAGAGAGACUGCAAAUCAAGGCAGUUCGUAGUGAACUGGUCUUAGAAUCUCCCGCUGAAAGUGUACUGUGUGGAAGCUCCUGUACAGCUUCAUCUGAUCACCCGGAGAACCUGUGAACAGCUGGGUGGAUGCAGGUGAAGUGAGACAAGUUCCUGAUGUGAUAAAGCUCAUCAUGGGAGUAAGGAUCCAGAUGUUGGUUGCUCUCACCUCUCUUCUUCUUGCCCUGUUCCCUUCUCUCACAGUGACUGUAGCUGUGAUGUCAGUUGACCUUGGGAGUGAGUGGAUGAAGAUGGCAAUAGUAAAACCUGGUGUGCCAAUGGAGAUUGUUCUCAACAGGGAGUCGAGAAGGAAAACGCCCACAGUGGUCUGCCUAAAGGAAAACGAGAGAUUAUUUGGAGACAGUGCAUUAGCAGUGUCUGUGAAAAAUCCCAAAACAGUUUAUAGACAUCUGCAAAGCCUUCUGGGUAAAAAGCAUGACAACCUGCAGGUGAAGGUCUAUCAGAGAUGUUUUCCUGAGCAUCAGCUGCAGGGUGACCCGGUGAGAGGAACAGUUCACUUCAACAACUCCCUAGAAACUCAUUACUCACCUGAGGAGCUGCUGGGGAUGAUUUUGAAUUAUUCGCGUGGGUUGGCUCAGGACUUUGCAGAACAGCCGAUCAAAGACGCAGUCAUCACCGUACCAGCUUUUUUUAACCAGGCAGAGCGAAGGGCAGUCUUGCAUGCUGCACAGGUGGCAGGUUUAAAGGUUCUUCAGCUCAUCAAUGACAAUACAGCCGUGGCCUUGAAUUAUGGUGUUUUCAGAAGGAAAGACAUAGACGGCACAGCCCAGAACGUCAUGUUUUAUGAUAUGGGCUCAGGCAGCACGACGGCCACCAUAGUCUCAUACCAGACGGUGAAAACCAAAGAGUCUGGUACCCAGCCACAGCUACAGAUCCAGGGAGUUGGGUAUGAUCGAAGUCUUGGGGGCUUUGAGAUGGACCUGCGGCUGCAGGACCACCUGGCCAAGCUGUUCAACGACCAGAAGAAGAGUCCGAAGGACGUGAGACAGAACCACCGAGCCAUGGCCAAGCUCCUUAAAGAGGCACAGAGGCUGAAGACGGUGCUGAGUGCAAAUGUUGACUUCAUGGCCCAGGUGGAAGGCUUGAUGGAUGAUAUCGAUUUCAAAGCGAAGGUGACUAGAGUGGAGUUUGAAGAACUGUGUUCUGAUCUGUUUGAGCGGGUCCCUGGGCCGGUGCAGGAGGCCCUCACAGCAGCAGACAUGAAGCUGGAAGAUAUUGAGCAAGUGAUUUUAGUAGGGGGUGCCACUCGUGUCCCCAAGGUUCAGGAAGUGCUGCUCAAAGCUGUGGGGAAAAUGGAGCUGGGGAAAAACAUCAAUGCAGACGAGGCGGCGGCAAUGGGAGCUGUAUACCAGGCAGCUGCUCUCAGUAAAGCCUUCAAGGUCAAACCCUUCCUGGUCCGAGACGCAGCCAUCUUCCCCAUUCAGGUGGAGUUCAACCGGGAGGUGGAGGAAGAGGAGGGAAUCAAAACCCUGAAACACAACAAGCGCAUCCUGUUCCAGAGGAUGGCGCCCUACCCGCAGCGGAAAGUUAUCACCUUCAAUCGCUACACUGAUGACUUCGCCUUCAAUAUCAACUAUGGAGACCUCAGCUUUCUAAGUCAGGAGGACCUCAGUGUGUUCGGCUCUCUGAACCUGACGACGGUCAAACUGUCUGGAGUGGGCCACAGCUUCCAGAAGCAUGCCGAUGCUGAGUCCAAGGGGAUCAAAGCUCAUUUCAACAUGGAUGAAAGUGGAGUUCUGCUGCUGGACCGGGUGGAGUCGGUCUUUGAGACAGUUGUGGAAGAGAAGGAAGAGGAAUCUACUUUAACUAAACUGGGCAACACCAUUUCCACGCUGUUUGGAGGAGGGUCCUCUGAGCCAACUCCAAAUGUAACCGAACCCGUCCAGGAGGAAGAGGAAGUUCCUCCUGAGUCUGGGAAGGAGAGCAACGAGGCCCAGAAAAAUGAGGAGAAGGACAAUGAGACUAAAAACGAUUCAGGGAAAAGUCCAACAGAAGAGAAAAACGAGGAGAAACCAGAGGACACAACCAGUAAAACAGAGACUCCGCAGGAAAAAGGUGACCAGAAAUCAGAAAAUGCCGAGAUGGAGAAAAAGACAAAACCUCAGAAAAGAACCAAGAUAUCGGAAGAUGUCGCCAUGGAAUUUCUCAUCAAUGACAUUAUGGACCCCACUGCUGAGGACCUCAAUUCCUCAAAGAAGAAGCUGCAGGACUUGACAGACAGAGAUCUAGCAAAACAGGAAAGGGAGAAGAUCCUGAACAGUCUGGAAGCAUUUAUCUUUGAGACGCAGGACAAGCUGUACCAGGAGGAUCACCAGCAGGUGGCGACAGAGGAAGAACAGGAGCAGAUCUUGAGCAAGCUGAAGGAGGCUUCCGACUGGUUGGACGAGGAGGGCUAUGGUGCCAGCACCAGGCAGCUGAAGGAGAAGCUGUCUCAGCUCAAAGGGUUGUGUAAGGACGUGUUCUUCAGGGUGGCAGAGCGAAGGAAGUGGCCGGAGCUGCUGACUGACCUCGACAACACACUCAACACAUCCAACUUCUUCCUCAGGGGUGCCAAACUGAUUCCAGGGGAUGACCAAAUAUUUACAGAAGUUGAGCUAAAUAUGUUGGAAAAAGUUAUCAAUGAAACUACGGUUUGGAAAAACGAAACGGUGGCAGAACAGGAGAAGCGAUCUCCGCAUGAGCGGCCAGUCCUGCUGUCCAGAGACAUCGAGUCUAAGCUGCUCCUGCUGCAGCGGGAAAUGAACUACCUGCUGAACAAAGCCAAAUUUGCAAAGCCAAAGCCUAAACCUAAAGCCAAGAAUGAGACGAGCACAGACGCAGGCAACAAAGUCAAUGCCACAACAGAAGAAAAGGUUAUUCCUCCCACAGAGGAAAGCAAGAACCUAAAGAGCGCAGAAAGCUUAGAAGAACAGGAGCCAGGUGAAUCCCCGCCCACUGAAGAGGGCACUCCACAUACAGCUACUGGCAGCCAAGCACAACCCACAGAAGAGUCCCUGAGCAAAGAGUCUGCAGAGAGUGCUGCACAUGGAAACCAUGUAGAAGAUGAAUUAUAACAACUGGACCUGAGGCGGGAAAAGAAAAUCACUAUUUAUUGACACAUUUUCAACUUUAUUUGCCUUUUUUUAAUUUUCUUUUUUUUUUUUUUAUUACCCUGUUUGUUCAGUUCCUGGGCUGAUUCUGGUUAAAGGCUGGAGAAUAUUCCUUCCACCUCUUUCCCUCCCUGCCACUUUGUCCCUUCAUCUCUUCUGGUCUCUUUGGAGUUUGAGCAUUGGACAUUUUGAAGAAGUAGGCUAUGAAUAAAUACAGCCUGAGACCAUUUGGCACAAAAUUGAAAAUCUCUAGAAUUAUAUUUGCAAAAACAACACAAAAAAAAACAAUGAACUGAGAUGAAGCCAACUUUAUAUUUAAGUAUAUCAGCAGUAAUUCCCAUGUUUGUUGUUCUAAAUCUGAUAUUUGCCGAGACCAACUUGAAUGAAGAGGCCAAGUUUAAAUGCAUCAACAAACUGGAAUAGUUGAAGCAACGUCUCCAGAUGUCAGCAACAUUUUCACUGAAUCAUUUGAAUAUCGGAGAAAUCGAUGCCUAGUGAACUUCACAUUAGCGGAGCUCGGUCGCUAUGCUAGCAUCCGUUUUAUUUGUUCUAAUUACCAGCAUAGAUGCGAUUGAGCUUUAUUAAGAGAAAAAUACUUGGCCAGGUAUGGUCCGUCAUGUAGCUAUAAAGCUAUAAGUAUUGCAAAUGAUUGGUCCAGUCAUUAGGUCUGCUCAUCAGUCAGUCUUUCUCUUACUUAAAGGUGUGAAUGGUAAAUAUAUCUGUGAAGAAAUGUCAUUGGUUUUCACUGUUAAACGCCCAGAGUGGUUUUUUUUGUUUUUAUUUCUCUUUAAACUGGUUCUUGUGCUAAAUCUGAGCUGUUGCCAGUUCUUGUCUCAUGAACUGAAAAGACCAAUCUUGGCACUGUACAACUGGUUCUGUCUCAGUCGGUCAGAGGAAGGAGAGAGGAUCAUAUAGAACCCACUAGCCAAUAAAAUUUGAGUCCUACGUUUAAAACUCCGGAGUUAGUUUCAGUUGUAGACUAAUCAAAACACUGGCGUGACAUCAGGCCCAUUCUGUAAUGUUGGGAAUUUAGACCAGUGUGUCACAUUGAGCUUCUACAGUCCCAUUUUUCACUUAAUGGCUGUAGUGUGUGUGUGUGUGUGUGUGUGUGUGUUCACAUGGACUCACUGUUGGUGGAUAAUAGAAAUAAUGGGAUCUGUUAAGAUAAAGUGUCUCUCUAUGAGAAGUGAAGAAAUGAUGAUGUGGCAAACUAAGUAAUUCAACUGGCAGUGGUUUUAUAGAACCCGUUUAGAACCUGGUUGGUGUCAAUCCUUCUUUACCACUUUAGUUCAAGAAACACAUCUGUGAUGCAGAUUGUUACCACAUUGGCUUCACCAGAACCGCCUUGGGGGGAGAGGGGCCUUUGGGUUUAAUUUGUGGUUCUUUGAAGGGAAUAACUAAAGGCAGUAAAAAGAGAUGAAAUAUUUGUUUCUAAACCAUGAAUAAAGUUUUUCUUUUUAAAUUAAA